CAGUUGACUAUGGCAAAAACAAAAAGGGAGAAGGAAGUUAUAGUGUGUUUAAAAAUAACUGCGAACAUCUUGCGGAUUUAUGUGUUUAUGGACUUAAAAUUUCGGCUCAAAUUGUGAAUUUUAAAGGGGAAAUUCCUCCGGUUUAUUAUUCCAAGGUAGAUCUAGAAAGUAAAAUAGAAGAAAGUGAAAGAUUACUUAAUAACUUAACUUCAGAAGACACUGAAAAAAAUUGCACUAAGUAUGUGUCUAAAUUGCAAAAAAUUUUCCAAGGAGCAAGAACUAAUUACAUUAAAGGUAAUUAUCCAAAUGAUUCUUCAACAAGAAAAGAAGACAUAGAUCAUUCAAAAAUAAAGAAAAAAUUAGCUAUCGCUAAAAAGUUGUCGAAUUUCUUGAGUAGUGAUAAUUCUUACGGUGAUAAAUUAAAAAAGUUGAAAGAUUCACUGCCAAAUCUCCAAGAAAAUAUAGAGGGUUUUGGUCAAUUUUACGAAAUUGAUGAAAUAGAAAAAAUUGCUAGUGACUGA